AUGGAACAAACCACCCCAACAAUAGGACAAAGCGAAGACUCUCGCUCUGAGCUCUUUGAAAAUGACACAAAGAGCGAAACGGUUGCUGAGAGUACCCCUCAACCUCUGUCAGAUGCCAACCCCGCCUCCUCCAACUCACCUUCACAUCCUCCUUCUACAUCUGCAGAACUUAACAACAUGGCCGCUCACACAGCUUCAAAGAAGAAGGGCACCGCUUCGACAGUUAAGAAGACGCCUAAGCGAUCAAAGAAAACAGGGGGGCCAAGGGCGGCGAAAAGAGCCAAACCCACGCGGUCAGGUUCCGCGGGAGAUGCCCAUGAAUCGGCAGGAUCCGAACUCGAGGAAUCCGACCAUGGGCCAUAUUGCCUAUGCCGGGGGGCAGACGACCACCGGUGGAUGAUAUGUUGCGAAAAUUGCGAGGAUUGGUUCCACGGAGAAUGUAUCAACAUGAACAAAGAGGUUGGCGAAAAUCUGAUCGAAAAGUUCAUCUGUCCACUCUGCACGAACGAGAGCCUCACAACUUUGUAUAAGAAAACAUGCGCCUUGGGCGGAUGUAGGAAGGCGGCUCGAAUAGCCCAGGGGGAGAAGAGCGUGUUCUGUUCCAACGAGCAUGCACAAACAUGGUGGGAGCGCAUGGUAUCCAAACUUCCCAAGGCAAAGGGAAAAGGAGGAGUUAACGACCAGCUUACCCAGGAGGAAUUUAUGGCGCUCCUUCAAGGUGGUCUUUCAGGAACUGACGAAGAAGGGCUUUGGAGGCUGGUCAGGGCACCAUUUGCAGGCCAAGAGUCCAACGUUACAAACGGAACUGACAAAGAAAAUUCGGAUCAGAUGCACCUCUCUGCGGAGGAGAAAGAGUAUCUCGAAAGUGCAGCCGCAGCACGCUUCCACUUGGCCGAGGAGACAGUUCUCUGCCACAAAAUGCUCACUCUCUUGGAGUUCGCACACGAGCGACGGCAAGCUGCAAUUACUGCCGGCCGCUUCAAGGAAGAUAUCUGCGGAUACGAUGAACGUCUUGACAGUAUUGGUGCCCGGGACGCUUUUGAAGCGUUUGCAAAGUCGCCAGAAGGCGAGGCUAUCUUCAAAGCGUCCCGAAUGAGCGAUCCUCUAGGAGAAGGCGACGAAGUUCGCGGUAUGUGUGAGCGCAAGCGUUGCAAGUUUCAUGGUGGAUGGUAUAAGAUGCUUUCAUUGGGUCUCAAGCAUCAGAUUCGGGAAAUGGCAACACAGGCCGAUGAGGUUGGAGAAGAAGAGAAGGCUAUGCGCCAAGCCGCAAAGGAUAGAUGGAGGCGGAAGCAGUCAGAAAAGAACUGGGUUGAGGUUCUGGAUGGUUGA